AUGGAUUCUCUUCCAGAAGACUUUUUUGUCACUUCAUUCCAGUUUACUCCACGAGUGUUCAACGACCAGUACCCAGCCAUUGACCCCACACGCCCCGAACUUUCUCUAGCGGGCAAGGUUGCUAUAAUCACUGGAGCCUCCAGAGGCAUUGGCGCCAAGGCGUUCGUACCUGCUUUUACUAAAGCUGGCGUCAAGGGGUUGGUGCUCAUCGCGACCAAUGAAGAAAAACUCAAGGUUGUCAAAGCACAAGCGAACGAGAUCAACUCAGACCUCCACGUCCUUACCCUCGGUGUCAACAUUGCCGACAAGCAGUCAGUCGACGCAGCAUUUGAUAAGAUAAACAGCACCUUUGGUCAUGCUGACAUAUUGAUCAACAAUGCCGGGGUGAAUUUUGAGGGCGAAGGCAACUUAGUUGCGGAUGAGGAUCCCGAUGCGUGGUGGUCUAAUUUUGAGGUCAACACCAAAGGCACUUUCCUUGUGUCGAGAGCCUUUCUCCGCUCAAUCCCGUCCAAAGAAACACGUGCAACUAUCAUCAAUCUCACGACUAAUGCAGCUUGGAAGGCCUUCCCAAAUCUUUCAGGGUACGCCAUCUCGAAGCUGGGCGGUCUAAGCCUCACGCAACAUAUCGCUGCUGGCUAUUCCAAUGUCACCGCCGUGAACUUGCCCCCUGGACUAGUUGAUACCGACAUGCUCAUGGAGCAGUUCAAACGGUUUACUCAACAAACACCAGAGCUAGUUGGUGGUAUAGCCGUAUGGUUGUCGCAUCCCCACGCUAGCUUUUUGAGUGGCCGGACAAUUGGCAGCCAUUGGGAUGUGGAAAAUCUACUGGCGAGGAAAGACGAGAUUGUGAGCAAGAAUCUUUUAAUAGUGGACUUGACGGGCAAUGUCGACGGUGCACAAUUCCAUUAA